AUGGCUCACCAUGAAGAUUCAAGUGCAUGGAAUUCGGGUUUACCUCAUCCUAAGCUCAAUGAAAGAAUACUUUCUUCUCUGUCACGGAGAACUGUUGCUGCUCACCCCUGGCACGACUUAGAGAUUGGACCAGGAGCUCCAACAGUUUUCAACUGUGUAGUUGAAAUUGGCAAAGGUAGUAAGGUCAAGUAUGAGUUGGACAAGACUAGUGGACUUAUAAAGGUUGAUCGGAUUCUUUACUCAUCCGUUGUUUACCCACACAACUAUGGUUUUAUCCCAAGAACCAUUUGUGAAGACAGUGAUCCUAUGGACGUGCUGGUUCUAAUGCAGGAGCCCGUGCUUCCUGGUUCAUUCCUUCGUGCUCGCGCUAUUGGACUAAUGCCCAUGAUUGACCAGGGUGAGAGGGAUGACAAGAUCAUAGCAGUUUGUGCUGAUGACCCUGAGUUCCGUCAUUACACGGACAUCAAGGAGCUUCCUCCACAUCGGUUAGCUGAAAUCAGAAGAUUCUUUGAGGACUACAAGAAGAAUGAAAACAAAAAAGUUGAUGUUGAGGACUUUCUACCAGCUGAAGCUGCAAUAGAUGCCAUCAAGUAUUCCAUGGAUUUGUAUGCUGCUUACAUAGUUGAGAGCUUAAGGCACUAA